AUGCCAACAUGUUCAUGCAAUCAAACAGUAUUUCAACAUGAUAAUACUACAUAUUGUACAAUUAAUCGAGAAAAUAUUGGUGCCGAUGUAUAUGUUACUAUUGAUUAUAUACCAAGAAACAGCACAAAAUUUUAUAUUAAGAAUCCCUAUUAUAUAUUAACGUAUCAAACAAUUUUUUAUAAUGAUACGACAAACGAAUGGAAUCAACAAACAAUUGAUAUUAGAUAUGGAUGUAAUUGGAAUUUAUGUAAUAAACCUGAACUUGUUCCAAAAUUAUUAUCAACUUUAACUUUAUCAUUACCUAUACAUUGGUUAAACACAUUUAUUAUUGGUACAAAUCCAUCAACAUGCCAUCAAUGUCAAAGUGGAUCAGUAUGUGAAAAUACAAAUUUUACUGAUUUUAGUUCUUGUCCAGUGGUAUCAUGUAAAGGAUCAUGUGUUAUGAGUGAUUUAUUUGAAAAUUUUCAAGCCGGUUUACCUCAAUUUUGUUAUCAAUCAAUAUGUUUUAACAAUACUGACUCUAAUAUUGAUACACAUAGAAUUGACAUUGAAGGCAUUUAUUAUUUGGAUACAGAAGAAUUUAAUAUAUGGGAAAUAGAUGUUUAUUGUCGAGCAAAUAAUUGUAGUAGACCAGAAAUAUUCAAUGAAAUACGAUCUAAUCUCAAAGAAAACAUCAAUAUUGAGGCUUUUUUAUAUACAGCAACGGCAACGACACCAGUAUCACAUAGUGCAAAGAUAUAUGUACAAUUUUAUGUCUUAAUAAUACUAGUAUCCAUUUGCAUUAUCAUUAAAAGAUAA